GAAACACGGAACAGACUGGGCGUUCAUUAUUAGAUCACACAUCCUUACCUUCCACCCUGUCAAUAUAAUAGCGUAGUAUUCGCUUUUAAACAAUUUGGUGUUGAUGUGAACGUGCACAGAUCGGAUCAACACAGUUAUUAUUAUUGUAGUAUUGUUUGUAUUGAAAACCCCGAACCUAAUUUCAAUACAGUGCGACUAAUGUUGUCUCUCUUUUCAGACACACCCAGCCAUUAGUUGUGUUAUUUGUGUAAAAGUGCGUUAAUAACGUGUAUUAAUAUACUUAAAUAAGGGGACGAAAUUUGCCAUGACAGCGGCAGGGCGAGCCAGGCCAGCAAGCAAGCAACACAGAAGGAGGAAGCUGGUAAAUCCAAACCUGAGCCGAACAUGUCAGCCAGUAAACAGCCAGCUGAGAGUCGCUGGGAGCUUGUGCGAUGGUAUGUGAAGGAAGGCAGGUUUAAGAUAGAAGAGAGAACCCUGACCGCGUUCCAGUGGCUGUACUCUCCCUAUCAGCACCGCAUCGUCAACAGAGCAGAGCUGCAGUCUCCUCACAGGAUUGACAAAUCAACCAUCGCUGCCCUCAAAGCCAGGAAGCAGGAGAUGCUAAACCUCUCCGAUGCACCUCUAAGUGACCGGCCACCCUCCCCUCCCCGCACUGCACCCCCCAACAUGAAGUCGGCAGAGUUCUUCGAUAUGCUGGAAAGGAUGCAGGUCCCAAAAGCAGAAGAGCAGAAAAGUGGGACCCAGAGAAACAAGGAUGAUUACAUUCCCUAUCCACGAAUUGAAGAGAUCCUGGAGAAGGGGGGUCCGUACUCGCUGGUGAUCCUGCCCCAGUUUGGGGGGUACUGGAUCGAGGAUCCUGAGAGCGUGGGCACCCCCUCCUCGGCAGACAGCAGCUUCUAUGAGGAAGAGGACGGGGGCUUGAGCCCUGGCACCUUCGGGUACAAACUGGAGUGCAAUGGCACCGCGCGUGCCUACCGGAAACACUUCCUGGGCAAGGAGCAUAUGAAUUUUUACUGCAGUGGCAGCAGCCUGGGAAACCUCAUUCUCUCCCUGAAGUAUGAGGAAGUGGAAAACCAGGAAUACCUCCGAAUAAUACUCAGGUCCAAAGUCAAAACCUUACACGACAGAAUCUCCCUGGCUGGACUCUGCAAGCUUCCCAGCAUCCCGCAGAUAGCCAAGGCUCUCUGUGAUGAUGUGACUGGUUUGAAGUUCAAUCCUGUGCUCUACCCAAGGGCGUCCCAGCUGAUAGUAACUUACGAUGAGCAUGAAGUCAACAACACCUUCAAGUUCGGCGUGGUCUAUCAGAAAUCCGGACAGAUCUCCGAGGAGCAGCUCUUUGGAAAUAAUGAAGAAAGCCCUGCUUUUGAAGAAUUCCUAAACUUACUUGGGGACAAGAUCCAGCUGCAGGAUUUUAAAGGUUUCCGAGGAGGUCUUGACGUGACCCACGGCCAGACUGGUGCAGAGUCCGUCUACACUGUGUUCAAAGACCGAGAGAUCAUGUUCCACGUCUCCACCAAGCUGCCCUACACUGAGGGAGACACGCAGCAGCUGCAGAGGAAGAGGCACAUUGGGAAUGACAUUGUAGCCGCGGUGUUUCAGGAAGAGAACACACCUUUCGUGCCGGACAUGAUCGCGUCGAACUUCCUGCACGCCUACAUCGUCGUGCAAGUCGAGGACCCCUGCACGGACCACACCUCCUACAAGGUGUCAGUAACCGCGAGAGAGGAUGUCCCUCCCUUUGGUCCGUCCCUGCCAAACCCGGCCGUCUUUAAGAAGGGUCCGGAGUUCAGAGAGUUCCUGCUUACGAAGCUGAUCAACGCAGAGAAUGCCUGCUACAAGUCCGACAAGUUUGCGAAGCUGGAGGGUCGGACGCGGGCAGCGCUGAUUGAUAACCUCCACGACGAGAUCCACUCGCAGACGAUGGCCAUGCUGGGGCUGGGCUCCGACGAGGAUAAGCUGGAGAACGGCAGCCACCACGGCUUCCUCGAGUCCUUCAAGAGGGCGAUCCGCGUGCGCAGCCACUCCAUGGAGACGAUGGUGGGCACCCACAAGAAGCACCACAGCGGGGGGGUGCCGGGCAGCCUGAGCGGGGUGAUCUCCCAGAACAGCAGCGAGUGCACCAAGAGCACCUUCUCGCCUCCGGUGCUGUCUGCAAAGAGCCCUCUGAAGAGUCCAGGGAAGAGGCGAUCUGGGCUGUUCCCCCGCUUGCAUGCCAGCACUGAGAGCCAGGGAGACAGCCGGACUCGAUGUGACAGCCUCUCGAGUGCUCAGAAGACCCCAGACAGCGGCCACGUGUCACAGGAUGUGAAGUCAGAGACCUCCUCCAAUCCCAGCUCUCCUGAAAUCUGCACCAAUAAAGAGAGGUCCUACAUCAAGCUGAAGGACAGCAGCCGCUCCAACAUCUCCCGCUCCUCCUCCAGCACUAGCAGCAGCAGCAUGGCCGGGGAGAGCGAGGCUCUGGAGGAGAACGAGAGUGCGAGCAGCCAGCCCUCCACAGCCUCCCCGUUCCGUGGCGAUGCGUUUCUGUACAGCCCGUCGCUGAGCUGCGAUUCCCAGAGCUCCGCCCCUCCCGUCAUCAUGUGCCGCAGCCCCACAGACGUGAAGAGCAAGACGUCUCCAAGAUCCAACUUGAAAUUCAGGUUCGAUAAACUGAGCCACUCCAGUACAGGACACUAGCAGAGGCUGGGAGGAGGGAAUUCAGAGGGGACCCAGAUUAACCAAGAAAGGAGGGGUAUGGAUUUGAUUGCAGAAGAUGCAAGUGGAACCUGACUUUGCUGUUUGAGUGAUGUAUUACUGCCAGCCCCAACCCCUGCUCUAACCUGCAAGGUGGUAUUCUACCACUGUAAAGCAGAGACAGAUACAAGCGUUUGACCUGGAGCCUGGUCUUCUAAAGAGCCUGGGACACAUUCACAACAAAAGCACCUCAAGACACAGGAUCCUACUUGAGACAACACCACAGAGCAGCACUCCUAUCCAGCCAUGUACUGCAGGUUUACCAGGCACCCUCAGACGUAUGCAGCCCUGCGUUGUGCAUCCACAUCAUACAAUAAACAGCAGGGGAAAGUAUGCUAGAAGAAAAUCUGCAGCCGUCACAUAUCAGAUUAUCAGCACCUCCUGAGAGCCUUGUUCUGGUUUUAACUGUGCUGUCCUCACUCUCAUUAGAAUUGGGGUGCAGAUGUCACACUAGGGCACUGUGCUGUGUAUGUGCAAUGCUGCAUUCAAGAGACCACUUUCCUUUGGGGGGGCUGCAUUAAAUGCAAUGGGGUUGUAUAGCAUUAAGAAUACCUCCGUUAAAUAUCACACUGUAUUGCUGUAUAGAGCACACACUUAGGCGACAGACGCACUGCCACCUAAAGCAUACAAUGAACUCACAUGAACUCUAUAUAGAGGCUUGCCUUUAGAGGUCCGUUUCAUUUCUAGUGCUGCUGUCCUUAUAUAGCUGCUUUUAGUAACCGUGCUCACACAGCGUAAAACAGCAGGAAUCUUUCAUACAGCAGCACCAUCAUUAAAAGGGUUGUAUUGAAAGUGUAGAAGAGAAACACUGGACUGUUUUUUGUUCAGAAAGCCCCAUUGAUUUCUAGUGAUCUAAUUGCAUUACUUAUGCAAGAAAAUACAUAAUAUCUCCACAAAUACUCCUAAAUUAAUAAGAGGAUACAACUAUAUAAUAAUAUUAAAGCUAUCUGAAGUCGCUAUCACUGCGCCGGUCAUUUCUGACUGCCACUAACACUUCAAAUUAUUGCUCAUAAGCACACAUCGCUGAAGUGAGCUUUACCUCCAUGACUGUGAACUUCCUGUUUCUCUUGAACAGCUGGUGUACUUGCUAGCCAUACUGAAGCCCCCUUCACAUCACGAUGACUGGGUGAGGGGUUAAAAGUGGUCCUAAAGUGAACGCAAGGCUUGUGACUUACUUUUGAAACGCUGGCAUGUACACCUGGAUGUAAGACUUGGUAUUGAUAAAGAUUAGGCUCACCGUGAUGUAGUGUAAUAAAUACUGUACUGGUAUGUUAUCACAGCGCACACUGGACACACAGACACAGCAGAUUUCAGUAAUAAUAGACGAUUCGAGGGGUUUAAGAGAGUGCCUCUGAAACAGGGCUCCUGGUCUGUGGUUUCCGAAGCGAUCCACAGCAGAAAUGAUGUAAAUACUAGAUUUAAUUUAUUGCGAUUUCAGCACAUUGCCUUUUGUUGUUCGUCGUGUAUAAAAAGAGAUAAGUAUAUAAUUAAUAAAUAAAUAAAUAGAUUUGAAAAGAUUUAAAUGAGAGGAUUACGUCUAUGUAUAGCUGGUUUUAUGUAAUGUGUCCAUGCAGAAUUUGCUAUAAAAUAAUAAAAAUGUUGUAUUUUGUGUCAAA